AUGCAGCCCCUCCAGCCAGGCGGCACCGGGCCCCUCCCCGCCCUGCAGCAGUUCCAGCAACAGCACCCGUCGCCGCACCUCCACUCGCCGUCCGUCGCCGGCGGGCCACCGCCCCUCGCUAACAACGCCGUCGUCCCAGGCCAGCCCACCCACCCGGUCCAGCUCGCAGCGCACGACAGCAUGUACCCGGCCCACGUCGGCCACCCGCUCCAGCAGCAGCAGCACCUACCGCCGCUCGCCCCUCAGCAGCACCCCUCCUCGUCCCGCCCGGGCAGCAGCUCCGGCCCGCCCCUCCACCAGCAGCAGCACAUGCAGCCUCCACCGCACCUCAUGACCUACCCGACCGGCGGCGCGAGCGGCAGUGCCGGUACGGCGGGCUCAUCGGCGGCGGCGGCACCGGCGCAACAGCAGCAGCCGCCCAAGAAGGGCACCAAGCGCGCCGCGCCCGACUCGAACGGCAAGGACAAGGAGAAGAAGACGAGGAGCAAGGCGGCGUGCAGCCAGUGCAAGGCCGUCAAGCAGAAGUGCGAGGGCCCGCCGUACGUGCCCUGUCGACGGUGCGAGUUGUACAAGCUCGAGUGCAAGUUCCCGCCGGGCACCAAGACCGUGCCGAGGCCGGUCGAGGCGUCGUCGUCCGGUUCAGCUGCGGCUGGAGGAGCAGAGCCCUCGAGCGCCGUCACCGCCAAGUUGUUCGAGAUCGCGAGCCGCCUGCAGACGAUCGAGUCGGCGCUGCACAUCGCCUCUGCGCCGUCGCCCGCGGUCCAGUCGUCCGACACGCACUCGCACGCACCACGAUCGCCCUCGGCGCGUUCGUCCGACGACGGCGGCCCGGACGACGACGACGGCGGCGACGGGAGCACGGCGGGCAAGGCGGCCGCGGCGACGGCCAACCCGAUCGGCGAGAUCAACGCGACCGUCGACUCCCUCGCCGGGUUCAAGUCGGGCCCGAGGCAGAGCAUCAUGGAGAUGAACGACUAUGGCGCGCCCGACGUCCUGAGGCGAGCCGUCCUGACGCCGGUCGAGUGCCAGCAACUCUUCGACUUCUUCUUCGCGUCGCUCCACCCGUGGAUCAUGAUGCUCUCGCUCGACGACGAUCGCGACGCCAUGGCCGUGCGCGACAAGUCGCCCCUCCUGUUCCACACAAUCCUCCUCCUGUCGACCGCCUACUCGACGCCGUUCCCCUCCCAGCUCCACCUCACCCUCGUCACCUUCCUCAACAACAUCCUCGCGCCCCAGCUCCUCAACCCGCAGCCGCACGAGCUCACGACCGACUUUCUCCGCGCGCUCGACCUCCUCAACAUCUACAAGCCCGUCCAGUUUGGCGCUCGUCGCACCGAGGGCCACGACGACACCGAGGCGAUGCGCGUCAGCAAGGUCAACGGCCUCGCGAGCUGGAUGCUCCAGGGCAUCCUCGCCCGCACCGCCGAGCGCCUCGAGCUCAAGGAGACGGUCAGCAAGUUUGCGAGGGCCUACUCGGCGAGCGCGAGCGGGGCACCGGUGCCCAAGCAGCUGUUGCGGGACCUGAGGCUCUACUACUGGCUGCUGUCCAACGACGUUCACGGCAAUGUCCAGAGCGGUCGACGGUGCAACAUGGAGGGCUCGCAGGCGCUCACGACCACGCGCCUGUUCUCGUCGCUCCAUCUCCAGCCGUUCGACGUUCGCCUCGCCGCCUCGGUCGAGAUGUUUGAAGUCGCGCGCCCGAUCCUGCGCAGCUACAGCUACGAGCGCACGCGGCGCAUCCCCAAGCCCGACCUCGAGCGGUACAACGCCGGCAUGCGCUCGUUCGACGAGACGUGGAUCCCGGUCCUCCUGCGCCAACUCGCCGUCGACCCGCUCGCCAUGACGGUCAUCUCGCCCUUCCGCGAGUUCAUCACGCUCCAGUUCAACGCGACGUGCUACGUGUCGUACAAGAGCACGCGGCUGUACGCCUCGUCGUCGGACGGCGGCGGGAGCGGGAGCGGCAACGAGGGCGGCGGAGGACGGCCGACGAGCAGCGGCGGGCCCGAGGGUCGCGCCAAGCGGCUCAGGACCGAGGGUCCGCGAGGGCUCAACGACUGGGAGUACGACGGGCUCGCCAAGUGCGUGCGCAGCGCCGAGUUGCUCGUCUUCUCGCUCAGCGAGGAGAGCCGGGUCCCGGGCGCGUGGAGGGUCGUCCAGUGGGAGGAGGCCGAGCGCGCCGACGGCUGGAGGAAGUUGAUCCUCGACGACCAGAUGGUCGAGCAGAGUCGGUGGGGCAUGGACGCUAUCACCUGUGUCGCCUACAUCUUCCCGCUCGUCUUCCUCAGCAAACUCGUCAACGAGGGCCUCCUCACGACUAACCUCACCCUCCUCCGCACGCCCGCCUCUCAGCCGGCGUGGCACUACACCCAGAAGCUCCCUCGCCUCCUCGAGCUCGGCGCCGCCUUCCUCGACGCCGUCGGCACGUCGCCGCACCACCCGUCGCGCGCCCAGGCGCAUGUCGUCCGCACCCUCCUCGAGACGGGCAUCAAGGGCCGGCUCCCGACGCCGCUCACGGGCCCGAAAGCGCUCGGGUCCUCGCUCGGCCUCCUCGACGGCGGUGGGCCGGGCGCGUCGAGCCCGGGCGGGACGGGCCCGAGCCACGCCGCGACCGUCAUGAGCCCGAGCCCGCAGUCGCAGCCGCAGCCGCUCGCGCCCGUCGUGGACCAGGGCCAGAGCCAGAUGGGCUACCCGCAAGGCGGCAUCCCCUAUCCGCCCGUGCCGCAGCAGUCGGGCGGCGGCCUGCCGUACCCGGCGACGACGGGCGCCGACGGCCGGCCCAACUGGGCGCCGCCGUCCUUCACGCCGACCUCGACCGGCGCCGGCGCCGGCGGACUCGGGCAGUCGAUGUACACGUCGUCGUCGUCGUCUCGCGCGGGCGGGCAGGCGCCGCCUGAGCACUCGCCCGGUGCGGCGCACCCGCCGCCGCCCGUCAUGAUCCCGGGCAUGGACGACGCGCUCGGGAGCGUCCUCAACGACUUUGAGCCGCUCUUUGGCGAGACGGACGGCGGCUUCUGGGAGUGGGCGGGACUGAGCGGCGGCAACAACCUCGUUCAGCCGCAGCCCUGA